UAUUUGAAAACAUUUCUUUUUCUAUCAGUUUUCAUUGAGAAAACUACACUAUGACAUUUUCUGCGGUUUUUUAUUUUGUGGUUUCAAUUUUUGUAUCAUCGAUAAGUGGAAUUGCUGCACAAGGUUCUAAUUUGCUAUUUUGCCAUACAUGUUCACCUCUUACCGAUGGUACUAAUUGCAAUGAAGUAAACAGUGAUACACUAACUAGUUGCCCAAAUUGGGACGGUCAUGAAGUGUCCGUAGAUUGUUUUGCUGCUUUUCUGGAUUUCGACAAUGCCCAGCUACCGGACAUCGGCUGGGACAGAAGCAGAAACCCAAGCACCGGAGUUUAUAGAGGUUGUGCGGAAACGCAUUCUUCUAUUCCGGAUUUUUGCGUAUUUUACAGAGAACAAGUUGCACCAGCUAAUAUUUCUCUUAUUUCGUGCGUGACCUGUGAAGACCACGCAUGCAAUUCGCAUAGAUUUCAUCCAAAUGGACAAAUAGCUGGAGGUGAAAACUUGCAGCCAAUGCAUAGUUUACUAGCAUUGGUUUCAGUUGUAACUUUCAUGAUAAGUACGUAAACAGUUUAUGUAUUGAAAAAAAAAUAUGGUGACAAAUCAUGUUAAAAUAUAUCCGCAUUUCACUUGUUAAUUUUAUCAAUUCCAAGCGAUAAUAUCUGAAUGCCGACGAAUAGUGUCAAGACAUUCUAAUUUUCAUUAUGUAGAUAUUAUUUACAAUAUGUCAGUCAAACAGGAAAUAAAAGAAUUAACUCGAA